AUGUCUGCGCCGAGGUCGGACAGAGUCUUGGGGAUUAGGCCAAAGAAAAGGAGGUUUGAAGGCACAGAAGACGACUACAGUCACAUAAGACGGGGACCAAACGGGACACCAACGGCAGCCGACAGUCGUACGAGACAGACAACGAGCCCGUACGACUUACCUCAGGGCACACAAUACAACCCAGUAGAGCUGGAGUCGAGUCCAGAGCCGGAGCCCGAAGCGACUAAAUCGAGAAGAACAAUAGCAACGACAAGUCCGGUACAGCCAUCGCACACGGGACAUAGAUCAGCGGGACUGGUCAUGCAGAAGGUCGACAGCUCGGUGCGGAAGCCAAAAUAUUAUGCCGUUGCUGGUGGACAUGCGCCGGGCGUUUACACAGAAUGGACCGAUGUGGAGCGGCAGAUCAAAGGCUUCUCUGGCGCAAAACAACAAAAAUUCUCUACCGAGGCGCAAGCGUUGGAAUAUCUGGACCAGCACAGGAGUCUUGUACAAACAUCGUUGAAUCGCCAGAACGCCUACCGGGAACCGCCUCCGAUAGCGCCUGCAACAUGCCUUGAGCCUACUUGGGGAACAAGUUAUUCAUAUCCUGCACCCUCAUUUCAACCACCUCAAUUUCCUCAUUCCACGAGUCAUUUGGUGCAAUACCAGACUGGACUGAACACAGAGUACACUUAUCCUGCACCCUCAUUUCAACCACCUCAGUUUCCUCAUUCCACGAGUCAUUUGGUGCAAUACCAGACUGGACUAAACACAGAGUACACUUAUCCUGCGCCCGGAUUGCCACCAUCUCAGAUCUUCCAAUCCACUAGCCACUUGGUGCCAAACCAAACCGGAAUGGACGCAGAAUACAUCUAUCCUGCACCCGCAUUGCCGCCGUCUCAGAUCCCCCACUUCAAGAGCCAAUUGUUGCCAUACCAACAUGGGAUGAACACAGACUACACCUCUACAUCAACGCACCUCCAACCCUUACAAGCACUGAAUCCUGCAAGUCUACCAGCACCUCCAGGACAGAAUCCUGAACCUGAUCAUGAGCUUACAUUGAGUCCUGAACAGCAGCAAGUGGUGGAUCUCAUACUCCAGGGCCACAAUGUAUUUUACACUGGCUCAGCUGGUUGUGGCAAGAGCACCAUACUAAAAGCUUUUGUCAAGAAGAUGGAAGUUCAGCAUAAACGCGUGAAGAUUGUGGCGCCCACAAAUCUAGCAGCCCUGAAUGUGAACGGCCAAACGACAUGGAAUUAUGCUGGAUGGACACCCGAUAGCAUGAAGAAGCCGUUGGAUAAGUUGAUGCAAGCUGCUCAUGGAAAAGAAGUCUGGGAGCGUUUCAACAGUACGGAUGUGCUCGUCCUUGACGAGGUCAGCAUGGUGGAGAAUCUUAUGUUUGAACGCUUGAACCAGAUCAUGAAGGCGUCCAUUGGAGAGAUGAAGGGUGGAGGCGCAUUCGGUGGUGUUCAGUUCUGUCAACUUGCACCCGUCAAGCCCUUCAAGCACUGCAUUGGGUGUGGCUGGGAGCUUAUUCCCGACAACAAAUUUGCCCCGAAAGAGCACCGUUGCGAAAAUAGACGGUGUAACAGAGAUGUCUUCUACGAUAUUGACAAGUGGGCGUUCCGCAGCGAUGCGUGGCAGGAAUGUAAUUUCAAGCAUAUCAAUUUGACGGAAAUCCACCGCCAGCAUGACAAGAUGUUCAUCAGCAUAUUACAGAGAAUCCGAACAGAUGGCGUCAUCUUGCCGAAUCAUGCGCGAGUCCUUCUCAAUCAUACAUCCGAGACUAAAGAUGCAAUCAAAUUGUUCUCCACCCGUGAUGAUGUCGACCGAACAAACAACGAAAACAUCAACAAGCUCGCGGCCGCACCUCACCGCUACAAAUGUGUCGACCAUUUCGAAUGGAGGGAGCACCAUCGGGACGACAAGUCAUUGCAGAAGAACACGAGACUUGCCGAAGAUGACAAUGGCACGCUCCAUGCACUGAAAGAACACCGGUAUGAAGUCUUUGUACAACUAAAAGAAGGCAUGCGCGUGGUGCUCCAGGCAAACCUUGAGCCUAGUGCUGGUCUCGUAAACGGCUCACAAGGCUCCAUUAUUGGCUUUGAGUUAUAUGAUCCACUGAAGCUCCCACGCAAAGCUGAAAAUAGGGAUGCUGGGGCGAAGUUGCCCACCGCACCGCUCAGAGGCAUACACGCCAAGUACUCUGAGCACCAGAUCAAAGCAUUCGUAGCAGUGAAUAAAAAUCAGCCGUGGCCUAUUGUGAAAUUUGAUAACGGAUUAACGAGGACCAUAUAUGCCGACUGUACGGCCAACGAGCUAGGAAAUGAUGAGCCCUACAGUUUGCUCUCACGGACGCAGAUCCCCUUGAUGGCCGGAUACGCUAUCACUGUGCAUAAGUCACAGGGCAUGACAUUGGAUCGUGUGAUUGUUGAUCUUGGCAGGGCAUUUGAGCCGAGUCAGAUAUAUGUUGCUCUCAGUAGAGCUCGAUCACUCAAGGGCUUGAAAGUCGUUGCGCUCCCACAACGCAACUUGGGUGGGGCUAACGCACAAGUCAAAGAGUUCUUUGCGAAGUACCUCAGCAAGAAAUGA